AAUGUUAUAUUGUAGCAUUGUGAGAAACAUUCACAGGAUAGCUGUGCUGCUCACACUGCUGCCAUGAAGAUGCAGCUCUUGUUGCAUGCCCUUCUCUGCAGCUUACCCUGCACCUUGGCUGCAUCUUUCCAGGUCACACUCCUGCACACUAAUGAUGUGCAUGCCAGGGUCGAGCAAACAAAUAGGGACUCAGGCAAGUGUGGCAAUCCACCUGAGUGCUAUGCUGGGGUGGCCAGGAGAUUCACCAAAAUUCAGGAGAUCAGGAAUAGCCACGAACAUGUCUUAUUACUGGACGCAGGAGACCAGUACCAGGGGACUAUAUGGUUUAAUUACUUCAAAGGAGAAGAGGCAGCUUAUUUUAUGAACUACUUGCACUAUGAUGCUAUGGCACUUGGGAAUCAUGAAUUUGACAACGGGAUUGCUGGACUUUUGAACCCUUUUCUAAUGAAAGUGCAAUUUCCUAUUCUGAGUGCAAACAUUAGAGCAGAGAAACAAGUGGCUCCCAACAUUACUGGAUACUAUCUUCCUUAUAAAAUCUUAGAGGUUGGUCCUGAAAAAAUUGGCAUAGUCGGAUAUACAUCAAAGGAAACCCCUGUUUUAUCAGACCCAGGCCCAUAUCUGGUAUUUGAAGAGGAGAUUACAGCUUUGCAACCUCAAGUAGACAAACUUUUAACUCUUGGUGUAAAUAAAGUUAUUGCAUUGGGGCACUCUGGUUUUGAAACCGACAAACUUAUUGCUCAGAAAGUGAAAGGAGUAGAUGUUGUUGUGGGAGGACACUCCAACACAUUUCUUUACACAGGCCCUCCACCCUCCAAUGAUGUCCCAGUUGGGGAAUAUCCAUUCAUUGUAAAGUCAGAUGAUGGUCGUUCUGUGCCAGUUGUUCAAGCAUAUGCUUUUGGAAAAUACCUUGGCUUCUUAACUGUUACUUUUGAUGAGGCAGGAAAUGUUUUGCAGUCUUCUGGGAAUCCUAUUUUGUUGGACAGUAGUAUUCCUGAAGAUCCAGCACUUCUAGUUGAAAUCAACAAAUGGAAAGAACAGUUAACUAAUUUCUCUAGCUUUGAAUUGGGGAAAACAUUAGUGUUCCUGAAUGGAUCAUCAGUGGAAUGUCGUUAUCGGGAAUGUAAUCUGGGUAAUCUAAUAUGUGAUGCUAUGAUUGAUAACAACCUUCGUUAUCCUGAUGAACUGAUGUGGAACCAUGUGUCACUAUGCAUCAUAAAUUCAGGAGGAAUUCGAGGAUCAAUUGAUGAGAGGAAUAGUAAUGGAUCCAUCACUUUGGAAGAACUUCUCUCAGUCUUGCCAUUUGGAGGCACAUUUGAUCUGAUUGAAGUAAAGGGCUCAACACUGAAAGCUGUAUUUGAACACAGUGUACACCGAUACGGUGGUGGUACUGGGGAAUUUCUUCAAGUUGGUGGAAUAAAAGUGGUGUACAAUAUAGACAAGGCUCCUGGUCAAAGAGUAGUUAAAUUAGAAGUGAUAUGCACAAGAUGCCGCGUGCCGAGAUAUGUUCCGGUGGAAAUGGACCAAACUUAUAAGAUUGUUCUCCCAGCUUUCCUUGCCACAGGAGGGGAUGGAUUUAGCAUGCUAAUAAAUGAAACCCUGAAACAUGACAGUGGUGAUCUUGAUGUGGCCGUUGUUUCCAGAUACAUUAACAAAAUGCUAAGAGUACACCCAGCGGUUGAAGGUCGGAUUCAAUUUUCAAAUGAAAACUCUUGCAGUGGAGCACAGCAUUCUGCCCCCACAAGCUUUGCAAGCCUUAUCGUCCUAUCUCUGUUUGCACUGCUUCAAAACAUGUUAAGCAAUAGCUUGCUAUAGGAAGAAAGAAAUAUCCCAUGUGUGAAAAGACAGCCGACUUAAUUGCUCUUAUUAUUGUUUGAAAACUGGAUUUUGACACAGGAGCAAGAUGAGGACAGGUGCUAUGGUCUUUAGGACCCUAACUGCAAGUAUGUAUGUCUUGUGGCUCAAUAUAUUACGCCUCUGAACAUGUACUUCGAUGCCAAUUGCGAAAAAGGUUUCCAACCAAUAAGUACUCCUCUAUUACCAGAAUUAAAUAUCUCAAAUAGCAAACUGAUGCACAAUUGGUUAACAGAGUAAUAUAUUAAGAAUCAAAUAAGCAAAAUAAAAAUAUGUAAUUACAAUGCUCUGGAGAAAAAACACAGCAGCACAGAUGCAGAAUUUGGCUAAUGUCUGGUAGUUUAUGAAAACAUUCUUAGACAUAUCAAUAUUUUAUAGCCUUUCUUUUUCUACCAGAAACCAGAAAAGUAUGGCAUGUAUUCGUUCAUCCAUACAAAGCAAUAACUGCCAAGAGUUCUUGGAAAUGAGUGACUAAGUUCUAUCUAAUCCAGGCCUCUGUCAUUCAUCUAGUUUGUGUUUUUGCACGAAUCCGGCAUAAUCAUGACUGCAAUAUUUAGUUUUUAAAAUUCCUAAAUGAGUGUAAGCUCUUUUAGAACAGAUAUCUUAUUGCUUCUGUUUGCCUAAAUUUGUUUUUUGUUAAUUCAUUUUACUAUGUUAUUCUCAAUUGUUUUUUUUUUUAUUAGGUAUCCUUAUAGCGCAUACAUGUUCUAUAGCACUGUACAAUAGAGGGAAUAUAGAUACAUACAGAGGAACAGGGGGCCUAUGAGCAGACAGUCUAGCAAAUACAGUACUUUUAUACAAAGGUCUUAGCAAGAUAACUUGUGAGUUUACAAUCGAAAAAUGUAUGAACUUUGUAUCACAGCCAAAUAUGUUUGAAAUCUGAUCUUUUCUAGAAUAGUGUUUGAUUGCACUAUAAUUUUU